AUGGAGAACAUGAUAUCCGACGACUCGCCUCUUGCGCAGUUGCUUGAAGGACAAGGCACUGCGCCAUCACCCUACGAUGACCACGACCACGACCACGACCACGACUCCGAGACAUCGACAUCCACCAACUUCCCGCAGAGCUUCGCGCCCCGCGGACCGUCGACGCUGCAGUCGAGGAUAAGAGACCGGCUCCCACAGCCGCUGCGCAUCCACGCCCGCCAUGGCUCCAUCGCCCGCAUCCACACGGCCUGUUCGAAAGCCGUCAACUCCCGCAUCGGCCGCGCAGACAACGAACGCUUCCUCGAGCAGUUCCGCUACCUCAUCGUCGCUUCCCAGCUGCUCGGCGAGCAAGGAGGCCUGCGCGCAUCCGUCAUUCCCAGCUUCGCGACCGACGGACGCCCCGGCUCUCACGAGUUCAAGGUCGCCCGGAUAAACCCCAUCGGCGCAGCGGCCACGGGCACGACGGCCUUCGCGCUGGCAUGGCUGGUGCACUGGUCGCGCCGCCAGCCCGUCUUCAGCAAGAGCCGAACCCUGCUGGUGAUGCUGGUCUUCGCUGUUGUCUUUACCGCCGGUUACACGUACAUGCGCCGGCAGUGGCUGCAGUAUCUGCGUCAGGAGGCCGUAAAGGGCGCCUCGGACCUGGUCACAAAUCUACAAGCCUUCGAGGCUUCGACGUCAUCUGCCCUUGCCUUGAUCCAAGAAGUGGAGCUCGUGUCACGCGGCUAUCGCCUGAGCAGUCCCUUGCCUCCCAUCUCCCGCAUCGAAGAGAAGGGGCAGGCCCGUCGCUGCCAGCGGCUGCGCAAGAACCUCCGAGCUGCAUACGCCGACAUCGUUCCCAUACUCACUGAACAGUGCCGUAAUCUGAAACAACUAAUUCAAGAAGAUGAUUUGGAAAAGUAUCUCGACGUAUACGAAAUCAGCAAUCCCGACAUGCAAGAGGCCGCCCUGGGCUACAGCGAAUCUGAAUUCGACGAUGCCGAAACGUUAAAAGUCCUGCGCAUCCUGCAGUAUCGGUUAUCAAUCCUACGACGUGUAUACCUCUGUUCUCUCCUGGCAAUGGAGGCAGAUGGCGGCAAACCCGAUUUUGCGCGAUGGUCGACAGUGGUCGACUCCAUGUUGAAUACGGCUCGCCCCGUCGGAGAGUGGAGCGAGAAGUUCAACCGCGUGCUCGCUGAAGAAGAGCAGUUCGUACUCCCAUCGCCGGCCAAGGUCGCACCAACUCCUGCUCGAGACAAGAUUCGCAAUUCCGUGCGCAAGUUAUCUGGAUUGUCGAGCGGUAUUCGCGGUCUGCAAGCCAAGAUGCAAGUACUCCGCGAAGAGACCAAUAAGAGCUUGGAAGAUACCGAAGACGUAACCGACUUGGGUCACUCCCUCCUCGCACAAUACGAUUCAAUCGGUGCAGAUCUCAAGAGUUUGGUGCAAGCUUGGGAGGCAGGCAAGAAUGCGCUCGCCCUGAACAUCGAUCGGCAUGAGCGCAGGAUCUCCCAAGCAUCCAGCGGUCUGCGCUCGCCUGUUCCAAGUCUAGGCGGUUUGACUGCUGUAGAUGAAGGCAGUCCGUCUGAUGCUCUGCGUGCUCUUAAUGGCGACCUGCUGAGUCCCCACCAGAGCGCUCCAUCGAGCGACCAGGGCAGUACGUCCGACGACGAAGUUUUCGAAGCUAUUGCCCUUCCAAAGACACGAGCUACAAUGUCGAGAGAAGAGCGCAUGCAGAAGAUCCAAGACGACCGCGCUCGUCAAGCCUCGUUACGUGAACAGCGAGAAUCGAAUACCAACAUGCUGCGAGAAUUGGAGUCAGUCAUAAAUCUAAGGCCACACCGAGUCUCAGCGCCCCCAGCCGGCGCACGAGUUACCAGUCUCUGA